GAUGCGCUAACUAACUGCGACUACAUUGUUCAGUAUGGAGAAGCAAUGAAGGAUGUCGUCCUCAUUGCUGUAGACUGUUCACCAUCUAUGCUUGCUCCACAAAAGAGAGGUUCUAGAAAGAAGGCGCCAAAGUUAUCAAAGGACGACGAAGAGGACGUCGGCGCGAACCACAGCCAUUUGUUUGCCACACUACGUUCCGUGGUGGAAUUACAAAAGCGCAAAGCUCUUUAUGGACCUGAUGAUAUGAUAGAAGAGAAGAAAGAAGACACACAAGAGCGUCAAUUGAAGCCACAUAUAUCAGUUUUUCAGCCAAUAGCCCAAGUAUCCGCUGAUUCGAUACAAAAUAUCGCUUCUAUUCUCGAUGGCAAGCCCUCCACCAUUCGUCCGAGUAGGGCGCCAAAGACGGCAACAAAGAGAGUAUUCUUGGUGACAGAUGAGGACAAUCCCCAUAAAGGGAACGUUCAACUUGACCGCAUAGCGAAACAAAACCUUGCAGACCUCUAUGCUUUGGGUACGACGGUCGAGCCCUUCUUCUUGGGCAUGCCGGAUAAACCCUUUGAUGUGACCAAACACUACACUGAAAUUCUCUCCCGGGGUGACGGUGAUGCAGGAGAUGAGCAGAUUACCACCAUACCUACAGUGAUCGAUGGUUUUACUCGCUUCCUUGACGAAAUGUCUAUCCGUGAAGCUCCUAAAAGAAGCCAAUUCUCGAUUAAACUGACACUUGGGGACGGCUUUGCGAUUG